AUGCUGGUGGACUUCCUCUCUGAGAAGAAGGUAAUCUCCUACAGGGGCUGCAUCACUCAGCUCUUUUUCUUGCACUUCCUUGGAGCAGGGGAAGGGUUACUCCUUGUUGUCAUGGCCUUGGACCGCUACAUCGCCAUCUGCCGUCCUUUACACUAUUCAACUGUCAUGAACCCCCGAGCCUGCUAUGCCUUGCUGUUGGCUCUGUGGCUGGGAGGCUUUGUCCACUCCAUCAUUCAGGUGGCCCUCAUCCUCCGCUUGCCCUUCUGUGGCCCCAACCAGCUGGAUAACUUCUUCUGUGAUGUGCCUCAGGUCAUCAAGCUGGCCUGCACUGACAUCUUUGUGGUGGAGCUCCUGAUGGUCUUCAACAGUGGCCUGCUCACCCUCCUGUGCUUCCUGGGCCUUCUGGCCUCCUAUGCGGUCAUCAUCUGUCGGGUACAUCGGUCAUCCUCUGAGGGGAAGAACAAAGCCCUGUCCACUUGUACUACUCAUGUCAUUAUUAUACUUAUCAUGUUUGGACCUGCCAUCUUCCUCUAUACUCGCCCCUUUAAGACCUUACCAGUGGAUAAAGUGGUUUCCUUUUUCCAUACAGUGAUCAUUCCUUUGUGA